UGUAAAUUCCUCCCUGCCUCCUUGUGUGUGGAACCCAAUCUCCAUAGCCAGGCCGAAGUAGCUUUAAUGAUCCUACCUUGGAUAAAAUAGAGGCAUUAUAGUCCUAACGGCAGUUUUGGCCCUUAAACACUGCCUCUAUUCAUGUCUGAAACAAUCUGAUUCCCUCUCUACCUCUCUUUGCCCCCACUCACUAUUCCCUCUUUUUGCAACGGUGUGUCAACAGGGAAUCACUUGGCUUAGCGUUCCCCAACAUCUCCCUCCUGAUAUCUCGUGACUGCCGUGGAAAACUGUCGAUAAAACAAGUGGGAACCCCGGACUGCAAGGAGUACAAGGCAACCUACAGGAGAAGGCUGCAACCCGUCAUCACUGCAAGGGUGUGAGAGGGCCUGCUCGGUGUCCCAUGGCGGUGCAGGAGCUGGGAAUCAGCUUGUCCAUGAUAGGCGUCGCCGGCACCAUCCUGAUCUGCGCUCUGCCCAUGUGGAAGGUGACGGCGUUCAUCGGCACCCACCUGGUGGUCAUGCAGGUGUUCUGGGAAGGUCUGUGGAUGACGUGUGUCAGCGAGUACACAGGUCAGCUGCAGUGUAAGCUCUAUGACGCCCUGCUGGACCUGUCGCCAGACCUCCAGGCGGCCCGCGGCCUCAUCUGCAUCAGCCUGGUGCUGGGAUGCUUGGGAUUCCUCAUCUUCCUCCUGGGAGCGCGCUGCACCAACUGCCUGAGCCACCCGAGGAUCAAGGCUCGGGUGGUGCUGAGCUCCGGGGCCAUCUUCUGCCUGGCGGCCCUCACCACCGUGGUCGCCGUUUCCUGGACGGCCAACUCCAUCGUCAGGGACUUCCACAACCCACGCGUCCCCGAGGUGCUGAAGAGGGAGCUCGGCGCAGCCAUAUAUAUCGGCUUUGUGACAUCUGGGCUGCUGUUCAUUGGGGGAGCCAUUCUGUGCACAAGCUGCCCACCACAGAGGGCCAGGUUCCCCUCCAGUAGGUACACACUGGCCAGGACACCCACACACAGCAGCUACGCCAUCAAGAACUAUGUGUGAAGUGAGGACAAACAAGUUACCUCUUAAAGGGUAACUUCGUUGUUUUUCAACAUGGAGCCUGUUUUACCACGUUUUUGUAACCACAAUUUUUGAAACUGGUCCAGUAGUGAGGGAGAACGCUGUAACCAGCAGACGCGAAACAAGCUGCGAGGGCGAGUGAGCAAUGAGUCAAUGUAACAUUACGUUCACUAAAAGUGUUUGUUUUUGCCACUGACAGGCUCAGAUUGUUAUUAUAAGUGUCUGACCACAUUACAGAAAGGACCCUACAGAGAAAUAAA